AUUACAAACACAUAGCCCUAUCUUUACGAGAGAUAUUAUAUACUGCAAUGGCUUCGAAGGGAGACAACGUCAUUGUUCCGGGCACGAAGCUUGAGAAGUUUCUUUGUAUGAAAGGUGGCAGAGGAGAGUCUAGCUAUGCCAGCAACUCCCAAGCUCAGGCUUUACAUGCUCGUUCAAUGCUUCACCUCCUCGAAGAAACCCUAGACGGGGUGAAGCUGAAUUCACCAGAGAUCCCCUUCGUUGUGGUGGACCUGGGCUGCUCCUCUGGCACCAACACGAUCAACAUUAUUGAGGUGAUCGUCAAGCACAUAAGCAAGCGGUAUGAAGCCGUGGGGUACGAGCCGCCAGAGUUCUUGGCCUUCUUCUCGGACCUCCCAAGCAACGACUUCAAUACCCUCUUCCAGCUCUUCCCCAACUAUGGGGGUAGCAUGGAGGAGUGCCUGGCCGCUGACAGCCAUCGCUCCUACUUCGUUGCUGGAGUCCCGGGCUCAUUCUACCGCCGGCUGUUCCCAUCCAGAUCGGUUGACGUCUUCCAUUCUGCGUUCUGCCUCCACUGGCUCUCUCAGGUGCCGGAGGGCGUGAUGGACAGGAGAUCGACGGCCUUCAACAGAGGGAGGGUCUUCAUCCACGGCGCGGGUGAGGCCACGGCUGGAGCCUACAAGAAGCAGUUCCAGGCUGACCUGGCAGGGUUCCUGAGGGCAAGAGCAACGGAGAUGAAGAGGGGUGGGUCCAUGUUCCUCGUCUGCCUCGGGAGGACGUCCGUGGACCCCUCCGACCAAGGUGGGGCCGGCAUCCUCUUCGGGACGCACUUUCAGGAUGCCUGGGACGAUCUUGUCCAAGAGGGACUGAUUAGUGACGAGAAGAGGGACGCCUUCAACAUCCCGGUGUAUGCACCGAGCCUGCAAGAAUUCAAGGAGGUGGUGGAAGCCAACGGCUCCUUUACGAUCGACAGGCUCCAAGUCGUCAAGGGAGGAAGCCCCCUAGUCGUGAGCCAUCCGGAUGACCCUGCCGAGGUGGGCCGGGCCAUGGCCAACAGCUGCAAGAGUGUCGCGGGUGUCCUUGUCGAUGCCCACAUCGGGGAUCGACUCAGCCAGGAGCUAUUCCUCCGUGUCGAGCGACGAGCCGAGAGCCGAGCCAAUGAGCUGCUGGAGCAGCUCGAAUUCUUCCACAUAGUGGCUUCUCUGUCCUUAGCCUGAUGGGGAAGAAAAAGAUUAAAGGAAAAAAGAAAAAAAAAAGAAUUAUAUAUAUAUAUAAAUAAGACUUUUGAGAAAUGUGGUGUAGUGCAGUGUGUAAGAUCCUUAUCUGAUAACUUAGAGAUUCCAGAUUCGAUUCUCACGAGUGAGACUACCCUUGUCCCUUUAUUUAAAUUUCUUUUUCAUGUUCUUGUACUAUGUUAUGAGUUUCUUAUUGUAAUAAAAAAAUAAAUACGGCUUUUA